AUGGAAUCUCGUUGCUCAAAUUUUUCAGCACAAAUUUGUCGACAUGGGGAUUAUCAACUCCGGUUGGCACGUUCAUCAGCUUAUGUACAGGCUAAAGUGGCGCCGAAUUUAACUAAGAAUUUGCAAAAAUGCCCAAAAUGUUUAGUACUAGUUGAUCAACGCCUUCAUGCUAAAUGUCCAUCCGACGGUCUCUAUCAACCGUAUCAAUGGGUACUUGACCCGGAGCGUUGGUAUCUUUGA